AUGCGUGCCUCCACUGCACGGCGACGAGGCCGCAUGACUGUUGCACCGUGGAUGGGUGUUGGUUGUUAUCCCGUCACGCCUGCAUUUGUUGGCGGCAUGCCGUCGGUGAAGCCUGCGUACGAUCACUUUAUGAUGAUGCGGCCGCAGCGCCCAUUGCGGGCCAUUGGCAUCACCGGAUCAUUACCGCCAGUUCUAUACAACAGAAUGGAUCAGGUAGUGCAGAUUGAAAAUGCUAUUGCUCUUCAGCGUGUGGAGCGGCAGGUGGAGAUGACACUCUCUCAGCUCUCCCUUGGGAUUCGAAACGCGGAUGACUUUUUAGAAAAACACCUUCUGCAUCUUGAGGUUCGUCCCUCUAUUCACACAUUAUGGUUUCAUGAUGGAGGUCUUAGGGAACAUCAACACAUUUUAUCAACAUUAGGCGCACAUCAUCUGGUUCCUCUUUUUAGUCUAGUUGCAUACGAUGUGGAGCGUGGCAAAAUGUCGCUCUGUGAGGCAGAAGAAUUGUAUGAGGAACUUAUGGACUGUUCUGUUGCGCAACCAAAAAUAGUACAGCGUGAGUUGGCGAAUCAGAUGGUGCGAAGUUAUUGCCUAAAUGAUGAAUAUGAUAAGGCGAUUGAUAUUAUAUCAGAAAUGAAAAGAAAAAAUAUUAGACGAACUUUUGUUACCUAUGCCCCACUUUUUCGUAUGAUUCGUUCCAAAGAAGAUGCUGAAAAACAAUUAGAACUUCUGAAAUUUAUGUAUAACACGGAAGGUGGACGAUUACAAAAAUUUUUAUUUAUUGAUGUGCCACGUAUUUUUUACAUGUUCGGUGUUUUUAUUCGCUAUAACUGGGUGGCAAUUAAUUGUGUCUUUACAACAUUGUUUACCACAGUGUUUCUUUAUUGGGCCAAUUUUGGAUUGUGA